AUGGAGAUUGAUAUUGAUGAAGAAAAGUCCAAAAAUGUACAAUCAGUAAGACUUAUUACUGAACAUCUUAUUAAAUAUAAUAAUUUUCAACAAUUUAUAUUUCAAUACGGUUUUAGAAAGUUGUAAAUAGUUGCGAUAGUGUCGCCAUCGAUAAAAAUAAAAUCGAAGAACAAACCAUGGAAUUUGAUGUUGAAAAAAAAAAGUCAAAAAUGUACAAUAAGUAAGACAUGUUAUUGAACAUUUUAUUGAAUGCUUUUAAUACUUAUAUAAAUAUUGUAAUGUGUUAUGAGGCAGUUGUAAGAAAUCCUGGUGGCCUGACGAUGCUAUAAAUAUAAUCGAAGAACCAGCUGUAGGGUUAUAUAUCGAGGAACUAAAUCCAAUUGAUAUACAACCAGUAAGACGUGUUAUUGAAUGUUAUUAAAUUUUAUUUCUAUAUAUUUAAAUAUGUUUUUAGGCAGUUGUAAGAAAUCUUUGUGUCCCUGACGAUGCUAUAAAUAUAAUAGAAGAACCAACUCUAGGGUUAUAUAUCGAGGAACAAAAUCCAUUUGAUAUACAAACAGUAAGACAUGUUUUUGAAUGUUAAUAAUUUUUGUUUCCAUAUAUUGUAAUGUGUUUUUAGGCAAUUUUAAGAAAUCCUUGUGUCUCUGACGAUGCUCUAAAUUUAAUCGAAGGACAUGCUGUAAUGUUAGACAUCGAGGAACAAAAUCCAAUUGAUAUACAACAGUUAAGACAUGUUAUUGAAUGUUAAUAAUUUUUGUUUCUAUAUAUUGUAAUGUUUUUUUAGGCAGUUGUAAGAAAUCCUGGUGUCCCUGACAAUGCUAUAAAUAUAAUCGAAGAACAAGCCGUAGGGUUAGAUAUUGAGGAACAAAAUCCAAUUUAUAUACAACCAGUAAGACAUGUGAUUGAACAUUUCAUUCAAUGCUAUAAUAAUAUUUAUUUAUAUAUAUAUAUAUUGUAAUGUGUUUUUAGGCAGUUGUAAAUAUUUAUGAUAGUGCUGCCAUCGAUAAAUUAUAAAAUCGAAGAACAAUCUAUGGAGAUUGAUAUUGAUGAAGAAAAGUCCAAAAAUGUACAAUCAGUAAGACUUAUUACUGAACAUCUUAUUAAAUAUAAUAAUUUUCAACAAUUUAUAUUUCAAUACGGUUUUAGAAAGUUGUAAAUAGUUGCGAUAGUGCUGCCAUCGAUAAAAAUAAAAUCGAAGAACAAUCCAUGGAGUUUGAUGUUGAAGAAAAAAAUGAAAAUAAUGUAGAACCCUGUUCCACAAGUACUGCAGAAUCUCCAGAAUUGGAUGAAAAUAGUUCAUCUGAAACAACUAUGUUCCAUGAGUGUAAAGGUCGUAGAUUUCAGUUUAAAAAGGGAUCAGAUAUAGACAACCAGGCCACCAUAGCCUUUAUAAAUGAUUUUAUAAUGACCAAUCGUAAUGCUACAUGGUUAUAUUCGGAUAAUGAAACUUUCGCAAAUGAUGGGACUAAAGAAGUCAUCAAUAGCUAUUACAUGCAAAAACGCUUCGAAAAUAAUUUCAUUAUUUAGAUCAUUCAAAACAUAUAAACAAACUGUGCAGUUUUAAAGUAAGACAUUUUUUUAAAAAUUUUAUUUAAUGUUGAUAGUUUUUGGCUUUAUAUAUUGUAAUGUGUUUUUAGGAAAUUGUAAAUAAUCAUAAUGGUGCUGUUAUCGUAAAAAAUAAAUAUGAAGAACAGACUAUGGAGUUAAAUAUGGAGGAAGAAAAUCAAACUAAUGUACAAUCA